UGUCAGGCCAUUGGUCAGGCGAGCGCGUCGAUCAUGGCGUCGUCAUCGCGCGCAGACGCUCCUAAAGGACGUCGUGUUUUCUCGCCAAUCGAGCGCUUCUGUAGCUGAUUUUGCGGAUGCAAUCAGUAGUAGUGAGCCUGAAGAAGAUGUGGACAUAUCAGAAUUAGCACUGAGGACGAGGAUGCAUCAAAUCAAGCCGGAACAUCCAGUGGGGUUUCAACGUCAUACGGACACGAUUCCUUGCCAGCAGCUGUAAAGCGCGUACAGUUUUUUCCGAGAAGAAACCCGGGGGUCGAAGUUGGCGGCGUGCUCCGGAGUAAACUUCAUACGGGCCGUCGAUGUCUUCCAACUAUUUUUCACUGCAGAACUAAUCAACGUUAUCUGCGAAAACACAAACAAAUAUGCCUGGACGCAUAUUUUAGAGACGCAGACCUACGCAGAAAAGGACGGCUCAUGGAAAAAUUACAGUCCGGCUGAAGUAAUGCAAUACAUGGUAAUACAUGGGAAUUGUGGAACUGCCUCGCCUGCAUCUGCACUGGAAUACCUCGGAGUAAUUUUCGGGCCUCAUUCCUUCAAAGAUUAUGCCCAGGAGCCGAUUUUUUUUCGUUCCUUGCUUUUCUCAGUGUGAUGGACCCGGAGAAGACUGACCCGGCCUGACCGCGAUGGCAAGCUGCACAGGAUCGCACAUCUACUGCAGCAUAUGAAUGACGUGUCAGGUCAGCUUUUUCAGCCAGACCGAAAUUUGUGCGUGGACGAACGAAUGGUUAAAUCAAAAGGACGAUCGGGAAUUCGGCAGUAUAUGCGUGACAAGGGGGUCAAGUGGGGGUAUAAGCUAUGGGUCCUCGCUGACUCAAGAACAGGCUACACUGUUCAAUUCAGUGUUUACACCGGGAAGCGAGUAACACCCAGCUCAAAGGGACUGGCUUAUGACGUUGUAACCCGCCUGUGUGAUGCAUAUUUGGAUCAAAGCUACAUCGUCUACCUUGACAACUUCUACACGUCCACCUCCCUCUCUGAACAUCUACUUGAAAGGAAAACUCUCUCUUGCGGAACAACGCGCAAAGAUCGUCGUGGAUUUCCCUCCCAGUUGAAAGACUCCACUUGGGAGAAAAGAGCAACUCGAGGUAACAUUCGCUGGCUGCGGUGCCGUGAUGUGCUGUACUUGCAGUGGAAAGACAAGCGCGCUUUAAACAUGAUAAGCACAGCACACACUGCCAACAAUCACGUCACUGCCAUGCGAAAAGUGAAGAGAGGAGACCAAUGGACAAAGCUCCCCAUGAGGAAGCCGCUUUUGAUAGAAGACUAUAAUAAGGGCAUGCUUUGUGUUGACAAAUCCGAUCAACUUAUUGCUUCCUAUAAUGUCUUGAUGAAGGGUGUCAGGUGGUGGAAGACACUGUUCUUCCACUGCAUUGACAUUGCUGUCGUCAACAGCUUCAUCAUUUUCCAAGAACACAGGGAGCAUCACCCCGAGAUAGAGGAGCUCUCUAGAAAGACUGGCUUUGACCAGCUUGCAUUUCAAAUUGAGCUGGUAAACCAGAUUUUUGGGAUGGACGACAGACAUAGUCACCCUCCACCUCCUCCAAAGAAGUCUGAGCACAAGCCCCAGGUGCAAGAAAAGCGCCGUAACUGCAAGCUCUGCUACAAGAAAAACAAAGUAGAGAUGAAGAUGACAGUUUUUUGUGAGCCAUGCGGUGUGUAUCUGUUUCAUCCCGACGAGGGACUGCUUUGGAGAAUGGCACGCCACUCAACCACGCUAACUUUUUUUUUGUAGAAAGAACAGUUUUCCGAAAAACUUUCUGAAACUUGUGUAAUCUCUUUAGGACAUAUUAGGCUACAAAAUGUAUAUCUUCAAAUUUUUUUGCCCCUGAUAUUUUCAAAGUUGUGCACCUUUUUCAAGCAGAACGAUAUCCUCACUGUAUAAAUUCUUACACUAUAAACAUAUUUUCAUUAAUUUGUGUAAUAAAUAUAUAUGAAACAUUUA